GCCCCCUUCGCGGCGUCGCGCGGCGCUGACGUCAUCAGCCGGCGUUCGGACGAUGGUGGCGGGCGCCUUCCCGAUCGCCAAGCUGCUGACCCUCGGCGCCCGCCAGCUCAGCCGCCCGCUGGCCGCCCGCAUCAAGGCCGGGGCCCGCGCCAGCCCCUUCUUCCGCACCUACAUCUGCCUGCCGCCGGCCCAGCUGUACCACUGGGUGGAGAUGCGCGCCAAGAUGCGGAUCAUGGGCUUCCGCGGCGCCGCCGUCAAGCCGCUGAACGAGGAAGCGGCGGCCGAGCUGGGGGCCGAGCUGCUGGGGGAAGCCAUCGUGUUCGGCGUCGGGGGGCUGUGCCUCUACCUGGAGUACUCGCGGCAGGCGGGGCAGUCGCGGCGCCGCGAGGAGGAGCAGGCCGCGGCCCUGCGAGACAUGGCGGCGGCGCUGGAGCGCAUGCGCGGCGAGCUGGACGCGCUGCUGGCCGAAAGGGGCGGGGCGAAGCCGAGCCCCGCCCCUACGCCGAGCCCCGCCCCCACGGCACAGCUUGUCCCCGCCCAUUAAAGCGCCCCCGCGCUCUUCCCCGCGGCGCGGGGGCGGAAGGGGCGGGGUUAAUAAACGUAGGGGCGUGGCUUUGUCCAUA